AUGGCUGCAAUUCAGAAGGCUGCCAUCCUCAAGAAGCUUGAUGCUGAGAUGAGAAACUUUGUGCCCACUAUUGAGGAGAAGGCUGCGACUGAGCACCAGCAUGUUGUGGACUACUUCAUGAAGUUGCCCGACCUGAUGACAUCUCUUGAAGACCUGUACAUGCGGUUGCACAAGCUGGCACCCUCUGGCUCUGCACUUGAAGUGGCCAGUCUGUAUCCUGCUGUCACAGGUCAGAAUGCCGAGCUCCACUUGUAUUGCUGGCAUUUGUCUCUGGAAGGCAUCCGAGCUCGACCAAAGUUGGUGAAUGUGCUGGAAACAACAAAGAACUUCUUGGAUUCUCCCUUCAUGAGUGCACGCUCGCCGAUUGUGGUUGUUGCGCCUCCUGGGUCAUUGGCAGGGCAGAAGAUUGAGCCCUUUGCCUUCAUUCCCAGCUUGGGACUCACGAGGUCUGUGGCAGCUAAGCUUGUUUGCCAUUUGGCUGCCAAGCUGCCAGAUGAAGAGUUGAAGGUCAUUGCUGAUUGUGUUUGGGCCUGCUUGGUCAUCAAAGUUGUUGUGGAGCAGAACCUGACAUCAGAGGGCAAGCUGGACACACUCAGCAGAUCCAUCCGUGCAAAAUUCAUUGUUGCAGAGUCAACUCGCCCAGACUGCAUUCAGCUUUACAAGACCCUGCUCAAGAACUUCCAACUUCAGGGCGUGUCUUAUGCUACUGGACUGAAGACCUUCCUGGAUACUUUCAAUGCUGGUUCUUCGGUGGAAUGCGCACGCCUGAGUGAAUUGGAAGCUCGAAUGCUGGUCCUGCUUCCGGCGCAGGAACAGGAGUUUGUCAGCGCAGUGGAAUGUCACUGGGACCAGUUCAAGCAGAAAGACUCUGCCCUGACACUGAAGAUCCUGACAUCCUAUGUGGGUCGCACAGUGACGCAUCCUCCGAAUACUCCCACGCUUUGGCAGACUAUCUUGCUUGCCCUGCCAAGCAAGAACUUGCUUUUUGUCAAGCGCCUCAUUACAAUCUUCCUCAAGAACUUGAAAGCUGCAAUGGCUGCGAGCAAGAAGCCCAUCAAUCUCAGUUUCCGCAGUGUCAAACUUCGGGACUCUGCCCCGGACAUGGCUUUUGACUUGUGUUGCCUCUGGGGCCAUUUCGAAAAGGACCUGAAGGAGCGACUGGGUGUCAAGUAUGCUCGGGCCGAGUCUGCCUUCUUGAAAGGACAGUACGACAAAGAACUCCUGGAGAAGCUGAAGACACAGUCCAGUGACUUCAACAUCGAGGAGCUGCGGCUGAUCCAAGUCCUGGAUGGCACAUCGACCAGCGUCAAAAGUUUGGCCAUGCAAGAAGAGGAAGCGACAAUGUCCAUGGAGCAAGCAAAGUUGAAAAAAAUGGUGGUGUCCCUCGCCAAAGAAGUGAAGCAGUUUGAGCUAUUCCAGGAGUCGAUGUCAACUUGGCAGAACAGGUCAAGUGCUGAUGCAAGAGCCUUCCUUGUGAACGAGGCCAGGAUGAUGACAGAGGCUGCGGAGAAAUGCCUCCAAACCUGGGCUCCGGUCGUACGCAUCUCCAGGAAAGAGUACAUCACAACCGAGGUGCAGAAGCAGCUUACAACCUUUGCCCAGGUGAAUGGUGUGGAUGAAAGCUCUGUGAACUUGGUCAUGCUGGCUGACCUUACGAAGUUAGGGACAGCGCAUUCCAAGUACAUUUUGGAUUGCAUCGGCAGCAUCAGUGAGAAUGCAGCCGCAUUUCCCCGAAGUGCAGUCGCCUUGGUGCACCUCCCGAACACAGGUGUCUGGGGGUCAACGUACCUUGAAGGGGACAUCGAGGCUGCCAUGAGCACCGUCGAUGCAGAGCUGAGGGCCGAGUCGACUGCAUUGCAGGUCCGCAAGUUGCAGGUUGUUCUUUCUGAAUCCUCGCUGGCAACGCACUCCAAGAGACCUGGGUGCCAUGAGCUGGCCAUAGCAAUCUCCAACAGCAAAGAUGGGGAGGGUGAGCUGUUGAGCAGCUGGGCCAAAAGCAAUGCUUGGGUCAGACGAUGCGUCACGGACGUGCCAGCAAGCUCUAUGGCAGACUGGGUGGUGCCCGACGUGACUUCUGCAGGAGUCACGAGCAAGGCGCAAAGAUUAAAACAGCAGUUCUCAGGCUCGCAAAUGCAUGGCCGACUGCUUCGGAAGCUGUGGCAAGGCAUGCCUCCUGCAGCAACUACUGCGCCCACCCUCUACAUAGACUUCUUUGCAUAUGAUUCGACCCCCAUGCAAGCUGUGACGGGGUUCCUCCUGGAGCCGGGAGCCACGCCCUGCCAAAUUCUCAGCUUUAUCUGGGCUCGUGAUGACAGCGGUUCAGACAACCGCGGAAGCAUUCAAGAAUGGCUCCACAAAUCCUACACUCGCUUCCUCUCCAAUCUGCUGAAGGAGAACAAGACUUUGUUGCUGCCGUUCGGCUACCAGCCCUCUGAGUACAAAGAGCAGCAAAAACCAAACUUGGACAUUGCCGACUACUUCUACACCAUGCCAGUUCAGGGGGAUGAUGGUAAGUGGACUUUGCCGUUCAAUCAGGAAGUCUUGGACUCUGAGAGCCUGAAGUUUACCAGGUGCAGCGAGGACUUUGCUGCCCUUCAAGCAUCUCACAACAAGAUCUACAAUCCGAGCGGCAAAGCAUGGGUGGCCAAAAAGCGUCCAGCGGAUGUGGCUGGCUUGCCUCCUGGUGGUUCGAAGAAUGAAAGCCUUGCCCUGCAAGAAAGCGAGAUGAAGCUUGAUGACCUGCCAGACCCUGUAGUGAGCAUUCCGAAGGGGAAGUUCGAGAUUGUCAUUGACCACAAUAAGAAGUUGUGGCUGAAUGCACUGCAGGACUGCGAGAUCAGCUCCAAUAGCUUCCUUCUUCUUGCCUGGGGUGAGUAUCGCACUGGGGAUGAAGUCACAGCUCGCAAAGACAAAGGUGCAAUCUUGUGGCAGGCUGACUUGACCAAGGAAGAUGCCUACUUUUUUCAUGACUCCUCCGACAAGCUUACUCCGCCAUUUGAAGGCCGCAUUGCAAGCUUGGCCACGUUCUUGACCUACCUGGAAAGCAAAGGAGUGGUCAACCCAGAUGUGGUGGCGCACAAGAUUUCGGCCCUCGAGAGUGGUGGCUUCGAUAUCAAGGCCACUGAGGAGUGGGCGUUCGAGUUGAAGAAGCUCCCAGCCAACCAAAAGGCAAACGAAAACAAUGCUGCCUCCUUGUUGACCGAUCUCAAGUUCCCGGAUGUUAGCGAUUACUUGGUGGCUCGCAAGCGCAUGAAGUACAUGGACACCAAGCAGCAGGUAGGUAUUUUCCCGCAGAAGCCCGGCAUUUUCCUCAAGGGCGAUGUGACUGUCAAGCAAGGGAAACUUUAUCCGUUGAGCUGA